GGGAGUUCUGCGAGAUCAAUACAGACUAAUGUGCCAGCAGCCCCUGCCAACACAAUGGCCGAUGCAUCGAUAAAAUCGACGAGUUUCACUGCGAAUGCCCUACAGGUUUGCAGUAUGUCUUCUGGCUCCUAAUCUGCAGCUCCUCAAACUUUUCUUGGGAUAUCGACCCCACCCACGCAGAGCAUGCCUGGAUCUGUAUUCCAAGAGGAUGACCCUUUUGACUUUCUAUUUAAAAUCAUUCUGAUUGGUGACUCCAAUGUUGGCAAGACUUGUGUGGUACAGCGUUUCCAGUCCGGGGUCUUCACUGACAAGUACCAGAACACCAUUGGGGUGGACUUCACUGUGAAGUCCCUGAAUAUUGAUGGCAAAAAAGUCAAGGUACAAGUUUGGGACACAGCAGGCCAGGAGAGGUUUCGUACUAUCGCACAGAGUUAUUACCGUAGUGCACAUGGAGCCAUCAUUGCCUAUGACAUCACUCAACGCCAGACAUUUGAGUCUGUCCCCCACUGGAUCCAUGAAGUGGAAAAAUAUGGUGCAGCUAACUUGAUGUUGAUGCUAAUUGGCAACAAAUCAGACCUUGUGGAGAAGAGGCAGAUCUUGUUUGAAGAGGCCUGCACUUUUGCCGAGAAGCACGGACUUGGGGCGGUCUUAGAAACCUCAGCUAAAGAGUACCAUAACAUUGAAGAAGUUUUCCUUCUGAUGGCUAAGGAACUUAUUGCACGCAACACCCUUCACUUUCACAAGGAAAGUCCAAGGAACAGCUUUGUGCUGGACUCUCGGCCUAUUCUGACAACCAAUGAGCCAGAUAAAAAAUGUCUUUGUGGGUAGACAUGGGGGAGCUGGACAAUCAAGGCCUCCACUAGAUGAGUCGAGUUUAUGUUUCCAUAUACAAUGCCAUGGAGCAUGAGGCAGGGUCAGACAAGUCUUAGCGAAAGCUCCUAUGGGUGUGAUUGGCACCUUUGACAUCUUGCACAGUGGAACCAAGUCAAGGGUCAUCUGCUACAAGGGAUGGUGGAGAGGUAAACCAACAAUGCACUCUCCUGCUCCUAGAUGAAUGGUAGGCGGGGUUUUGUGAGAAGAAAGUUCCCCAUCCCUAGCAUAAGUGAAAGCUAUCCACAAAAUUUGUAGGAUAAGCCUAAAAAAAAUGGAAGACUAUCCUGAUCAUCAACAAGGUAGUGGUAGUUUUUACUGCAGGCUUUUUAAGAUGCCUUCUGAGAAUGUUUUAGAUGAAACCUACUGUAAUGAAAUCUACUGUUAUGUAAUAACUUUUAUAUUUGUCUCAUUUAAAUACAAAUGGUUGAGUCACGAGACAGAAUUUACACAUUUAAAAAACAAACAUACAGUGAAAUUCCUUUAAUUCAGAAAGUCUCUGCACUGUUCUAACUAGGGUUGCAUUGGGU